GCCAGGGUGGUGAGCAUGAGGCUGGGAUUGCACACGAGGUGGGAUUGCCCACGAAACUGGGAUUGCGCAGGAGGCUGGGAUUGCACACGGACUAGGAAAAGGACGAACCCGAGACCAACGGUGCGGGGCCGGAGCACGCGCUCCUCCCGCCCAGGUGCCGCUGCCGCUUUGCCACCUGCUUGGACCUCCCGCCUCACCUCAGCUCGCCUCACCUCAGCUCGGCUCGAAAUGGACCCCAACUGCUCCUGCUGCACUGAUGGCUCCUGCACCUGUGCUGGCUCCUGCAAAUGCAAAGAGUGCAGAUGCACCUCCUGCAAGAAGAGCUGCUGUUCCUGCUGCCCCGUGGGCUGUGCCAAGUGUGCCCAGGGCUGCAUCUGCAAAGGGGUGUCGGGCAAGUGCAGCUGCUGUGCCUGACGUGGGGGAGAGCCUGCUCCCCAUGUGGACAGAGCAAGGUUUACAAACCUGCGUAUAUUUUUUCAUACUACACUGACCCAAUUACUACACUCUUUUUUCUAUGGAAUAUUUGAAUGACAAUAAACUCAUCUACACUCUU